CCCACCCGGGGACACAUGGAGGGCAAGGGUCCGCACGUGAGUGGAGGUCUGCACACGGGUUCGCCGCGGUACAGGGGUCUCUACCUGGGGGCACUUGGAGGGGCAGGAGUCCCUACUCGGGGAGCCAGAAAUUUGGGGGCCCCCCGCGGGCCGAGACCGAGCUGGAGUGGAGCUGCGGACGCGAACCUCGGCGCGGGGACCGCGGGUCUCGUCCCCGGUGUCCCCGCGGGCGCCCCUGCCGGCCGGCGCUGGCCGCUGUCCGGUGGGGUGGGGGGGCCGCAGCGCCCGGCCUCCCAACUGCUGUCAGCUCUCGCCCAGCAUCUGCGGCCCCCUCCAGCGGCGGGAGAGGGGAGGAGAAUCCGAGAACUGGGGCGGGGGCGCUCCCCUGCGGUGGGAGCAGGGUGGGAGCCCGGAGGCAGAGCCAUGAACGAUAUCGGGGACUACGUGGGCUCCAACCUGGAGAUCUCCUGGCUCCCCAACCUGGACGGGCUGGUGGAAGGCUAUGCCCGCAACUUCCGGCCCGGCAUCGGAGGCCCCCCUGUGAACGUGGCCCUCGCCCUGGAGGUGGCCAGCAUCGACCACAUCUCGGAGGUGAACAUGGAGUACACCAUGACCGUGUUCCUGCACCAGAGCUGGAGGGACAGCAGGCUCUCCUACAACCACACCAGCGAGACCCUGGGCCUGGACAGCCGCUUCGUGGACAAGCUGUGGCUGCCCGACACGUUCAUCGUGAACGCCAAGUCGGCCUGGUUCCACGACGUCACCGUGGAGAACAAACUCAUCCGGCUGCAGCCGGACGGCGUGGUCCUGUACAGCAUCCGAAUCACCUCCACGGUGGCCUGCGACAUGGACCUGGCCAAGUACCCCAUGGAUGAGCAGGAGUGCAUGCUGGAACUGGAGAGCUAUGGCUACUCCUCGGAGGACAUCGUGUACUACUGGUCGGAAAACCAGGAGCAGAUCCACGGGCUGGACAGGCUGCAGCUGGCCCAGUUCACCAUCACCAGCUACCGCUUCUCCACGGAGCUGAUGAACUUCAAGUCGGCCGGCCAGUUCCCCCGGCUCAGCCUGCACUUCCGCCUGCGGAGGAACCGCGGUGUCUACAUCAUCCAGUCCUACAUGCCCUCCGUGCUCCUGGUGGCCAUGUCCUGGGUCUCCUUUUGGAUCAGCCAGGCCGCGGUGCCCGCCAGGGUGUCUCUAGGCAUCACCACGGUGCUGACCAUGACCACGCUCAUGGUCAGCGCCCGCUCCUCGCUGCCGCGGGCCUCGGCCAUCAAGGCGCUGGACGUGUACUUCUGGAUCUGCUACGUGUUCGUGUUUGCCGCCCUGGUGGAGUACGCCUUCGCACACUUCAACGCCGACUACAGGAGGAAGCGGAAGGCCAAGGUCAAGGUCACAAAGCCAAGGGCGGAGAUGGACGUGAGGAACGCGAUCGUCCUCUUCUCCCUCUCGGCCGCUGGCGUCACCCAGGAGCUGGCCGUCUCCCGCCGGCCGUGCCGCGUCCCUGGGCACCUGCUGGGCUCCUACCGGUCAGUGGAGGUGGAGACGGGGGAGACCAAGGAGGAGGGGCCGGCCCGCCCGGGGGGCUCGGGGGGCCUCCGCGCCCGGUUCAAGCCCAUUGGCGCCGACACCAUCGACAUCUACGCCCGCGCCGUCUUCCCCGCGGCCUUCGCGGCCGUCAACGUCGUGUACUGGGCGGCCUACACCAUGUGAGGUGGCACGCGCCCCUCCCACCAGGAAGACCCUGCUUGCCUGUUUCCCACCGACCCCGGCAAACGAGGACCCCUGGGCCUCCCUGGCUCCCACUGCAGCCUCCCCCAAAGCUGGCCUGCGGCUCUCGGCAGAGCGGCCGCCCCGGCUGCCAGGCCUCGCUCUGUGGGGCGUUUGCGGACGGAGGUGGAGUGGGCGGUGGAAGCCGCAGGAGGCCACUGUCCCAGCAUGGAAUAAAGCCCUGGCCGGGGGCUGGCUCUGCUCCGA